CCCUCUGUAAUGCAGGUUCUGCUUCCUGGUGCGGCCGCGGGUCAGGACGAUGAGGUUCAUCGCUGAUAUUGUCAAUGCUGACAAGAUGUCGGGGAGAAGCAGGAAGUACAAGAUCAUCUUCAGCCCCCAGAAGUUCUAUGCUUGUGAGAUGGUGCUGGAGGAAGAGGGGGUCUUUGGUGAUGUCACCUGUGAUGAAUGGUCUUUCUACCUGCUGCCCCUGGACGAAGAUAUCAUCAGCAUGGAGCUGCCUGAGUUCUUCCGCGACUAUUUCCUGGAGGGGGAUCACCGCUGGAUCAACCCCGUUGCCAGAGCCCUGCAGUUGCUGAACUCCCUGUACGGCCCUUUUGGGAAGGCCUAUGGCAUCGGCCGCUGUGCCAAGAUGAGCCAUGAGCUGUGGCGGGACCUGGAGGAGGAGAGCGAGGGUGAAGGCCAGGGCAGGAAGCCCGAGAUUGGACAUGUCUUCCUCAUGGACAGAGAUGUGGACUACGUGACAGCGCUCUGCUCCCAGGUGGUCUAUGAGGGGCUGGUGGACGACACCUUCCGUAUCAAGUGCGGCAGUGUGGAUUUUGGGCCAGAUGUCACUUCUUCUGACAAGAGUAUUAAGGUGCUGCUCAAUGCCCAGGACAAAGUGUUCAGUCAGAUCCGGAAUGAGCACUUCUCCAGCGUGUUCGGCUUCCUGAGCCAGAAGUCACGAAACCUGCAGGCACAGUACGACCGGCGCCGGGGCAUGGACAUCAAGCAGAUGAAGGACUUUGUGUCCCAGGAGCUGAAGGGACUGAAGCAGGAGCAUCGCCUGCUGAGCCUGCAUAUCGGUGCCUGUGAGUCCAUCAUGAAGAAGAAAACCAAGCAGGACUUCCAGGAGACCAUCAAGGCCGAACACUCACUGCUGGAGGGCUUCGACAUCCGUGAGAGCACCAGCUUCAUUGAGGAGCACAUCGACCGGCAGGUGUCCCCCAUCGAGAGCCUGCGCCUCAUGUGCCUCCUGUCCAUCACAGAGAACGGUCUCAUCCCCAAAGACUAUCGCUCCCUGAAAACCCAGUACCUGCAGAGCUAUGGGCCCGAGCACUUGCUGACCUUCCACAACUUGAAGCGCAUCGGGCUGCUGACGGAGCAGGCGGCUGGGGAGACCCUGACAGCGGUGGAGAGCAAAGUCAGCAAGCUGGUCACAGACCGUGCUGCAGGAAAGAUCACAGAUGCAUUCAAUUCUUUGGCCAGGAAGAGCAAUUUCCGAGCCAUAAGCAAGAAGCUGGGGUUGAUCCCCCGGGUGGAGGGUGAGUACGACCUCAAAAUGCCCCGGGACAUGGCGUAUGUUUUCGGCGGGGCCUACGUGCCCCUGAGCUGCAAGAUCAUCGAGCAGGUGAGC